GUCUCGUUCCUGGUGGUUCCCACUUUGGUGGCUCCGUGGAGGGGCAUCCGCUCGUUUCUCCGGGGGGUAAAGUUGUGAUUGACCCUGGUCACCAGUUAACACCUCGCAGGGAAAUAGUAGGAGGACGCCGUAGUUUCAUUCAGCAGUGGGACGUUUCCUCUCUAGUCUUGCCAUGUUUUCAUCCCGCUGAUUUAUUCCUGACAGUUUCUUUGUCUGUUUUUCUGCACGACUGCAUCCUGUCCAUCUGUCCCUCCUGGAGCAGCCAGGAGGCUGCUUCUCCCCCACUGGCAGCCUGCGGGCCAGGUGGUCUCUGAUCUUUGAUCCUCACCUGUCCUCAGGCUGAGUCGUGGAAGCUUUUCCCCAGGCGCCUUGCCUCUCCUUCUGGUGGCUGGGCUGUGGACGGGGCCGCUUUGGCCCUUGUGGACUGUGUCCAGAAGCAGGACCCCCGGUCACGUUGGUGGCUGCAUCCUUGAUGCCCGCCACCUCGAGCUCCCCGUGUGCUUCUGGGGGCCUUCGGAGCCUCCACGUCAAGUCCUGUCCUGAGUCGGAUCUUCUUGGGAGCCCGGCGCCCCUGGUGAGAUUUCCACUUCUGCCACCCUGGUCUUGAUCCCCAGGGACCCUGUUCUGGUGACUUUCAAAGCAGCACGUCCUGCUUGCCGGUGGGCACUCGGCUCCCCCUGCCCCGUCUCCUGCCUUGGCUCAGCUCCCAGGGCACUGAAGGGUGACCAGAAGCUCGGGGCUGCUCAGCUGCUUUCUCCGUCAAGGCCUCUCCUUGGGGCCCUGAUUUCUGUCCUCAAGGUCUGUCCCGUGCCUGUUGAAUUCCCCAGAGAAGGGUCUUCUGGCGUCCGGCCUGGAGGGCCACCCGCCCUGGUCUCUGCUUUCCCUGCCACCUCGGCCUCCAUCACAGCCCAGGGGCCUCGUUCACUGCCUGGUCUCCGCCGCUUCUCUGUAGUGGCCCCUCCUUAUUCCAGCCCCCCGGCCCCACCCCCGGAGCCGCUGGAGGAGCCCUCCAGGCCUCAGACCCCCAUCGCCUGACGAAGCAAAAGCAAGCAAACAACUAGGAACCCUGGUGUGACUUGGGGAGUCUUGUCGAGAAGGAGCAAGACAGGACCGUCCAUUCCCAAGCUGAUUUCAUCUGUUUGUUUGUUGGGGGCUGGGCCACGCGGCCUGCGGGAUCUUAGUUCCCCGAGGAGGGAUUGCACCCCGGGCCACUGCGGUGAGAGCGCAGAGUCCCAACCAGUGGGCCGCCAGCGAAGUCCCGUGAUUUCACUUUUUAAGACAUUCAAAGCCCUUGUUCUGACUCCAGAGGCAUUUGGACUCCUUCCGGAAACUACACACACGGAGGCUGCCGACCCCUCCUGCUGCACGCGAAAGCGGGGGGGUCUGCCUGUCCCUUGGCUGUCGCGUCCUCGGUCACCAGGCUGGGUGGGCUGCUUGUGGGCUGUCGAUGGUCAGGAAGAGGUCACGCGCUGGAGGGAGCCUGAGCAUCCGUCCUGGGCUCCCUGGGCCCUGCUCUGGACGCAGUGGACAGCAGUGCUGGUCUGUGAUGGAGCGCCUGCUGCCUUCCAGUCCGGAACCUGCGGCAGGACACAGAAAGCUCCUGGCGCCACCUGAGACCAGGUCACCAAGGGCAGACGGUCCGGGAGGCUCUGGUCUGAACAGGCAUCUGUCUCCCCAGGUGCUGCCUGGCUCUUUUUCAUGUAUAAAUCCUCAGCUUUCGGAACGGCCUAGAAAACAGCGCGACGCCCGCCAUGCUUGCCCGCUUGCGUCCCCUGUCCUUGCGGCCCAACCCAGACCCCCCCCCGCCCCCAGCUUGAGUUCCCAGUUCUUUGCUCUUAACAGCACUUUCUGUGCUUUUAUUUCUAAUGACAUGUUGUGUCUGGACACACUUGAGUGCACUGGUGGCGCUGUGUCGUGUGUCUCCUUCCGCGACUCGGCCUCAGCAUUUCCGACAGCUGUAAGGUUUGCCCAUCACCCAUCGCCCGUAUGCGGCUUCCCUCUGCCCGCUGUGGGCGUCCAUCCCCACCCGCUGCCAUCUGCGUCCCUGUCGACAGGCGCCUAGGUUCUGUUUGGCUUUUGUUUUGCUGCUGGCAAAAAAGUGCCGCGUUGACCCCAUCUGACGGACGCUCUGUCCCCGUGCCAUCCCGGCCACGGGCUCUGCUGACUCUUUCUUACGUUCCCUGUCACUUGCGGUGACUCCUGAAAGGUCCAUCCCCACCGUUUCGGUCUGAAUCUGUUUGCGUCUGUGCUGCCACCUGCUUUCAGCCUGGGACAGUCGGGAGGCACUGGAGCCUCGUGUGCUGGGUGGGCGGGGGUGUGUGUGUGUGAUGGAUUCUGCUUCUUCAGAGGCCGCCAACACCCUCCACUCUCGGGGCAGAUGGGGCAGAACCUCCAGGGCGGGUAAGGGUACAGCCCAGCACGAUGACCUCGGGGGUCGUGGGUGCCCCGUGGGCGCAGACCCAGCAGAAACACAAGGAACGACCUGCACAGGACGGACGUGGCGGACGGUCUGGGGCCCGGUGUGGUCAGCAGUGGGGAUGAGUCCCUUGUGGCUUGUUCAUCCAGUGAAAUACCACACCGUCACCAGCCCGCGCCCCGCCCAGUGCCACCUGCAUGGCCGCUGCCUCCGUCCCCGCGUCCCUGCCCUGCGCUGCCCGCCGCCCCUGAGAUGUCGGCAUCCGCUAAGCCCGCGGCCCUGGCAGAGCUGGCUCCGGGCCCCGGUGAGAAGCCGGGGGGACGGCCGCUCCUGGCCUGGGGCCCCGUGUUUGGCCACCGGAGUGAGAAGAUCGCAUUUGGCCAGAGCGAAGGUGGCCCCGACGAGCAGGUGCUCACGGUCACCGUCACCGAGACAACCGUCAUCGAGGCGGACCUGGGCAUGUGGGGUGCCCGCGCCCUCAUCUACCUCACACUCUGGUUCUUCUUCAGCUUCUGCACCCUGUUUCUCAACAAGGGCCGUGCAGAUGCUGUCAACCACGCUCAUCGGCUGUGUUAAAAUAUUUGUUCCCUGCUGUUUGUAUCAGCACAAAACCCGGCUUUCUUACCCUCCCAACUUCAUCAUGACCAUGUUGUUCGUGGGUCUCAUGAGGUUUGCAACAGUGGUUUUGGGUCUGGUCAGCCUGAAAAAUGUGGCGGUGUCCUUUGCUGAGACGGUGAAGAGCUCGGCCCCCAUCUUCACUGUGAUCCUGUCCCGGACCGUCCUGGGGGAGCACACCGGGCUGCUGGUCAACCUCUCGCUCAUCCCUGUCAUGGGCGGCCUGGCGCUGUGCACGGCCACUGAGAUGAGCUUCAACUUCCUGGGGUUUUCGGCCGCCUUGUCCACCAACAUCAUGGACUGUUUGCAGAACGUUUUCUCCAAAAAGCUCCUCAGCGGGGACAAAUAUAGGUUCUCGGCCGCGGAGCUGCAGUUCUACACCAGUGCAGCAGCCGUGGCCAUGCUCGUCCCGGCCUGGAUCUUCUUCAUGGACUUGCCGGUGAUCGGGAGGAACGCGAGGAGCUUCCGCUACAGCCAGGACGUGCUGCUUCUGCUGCUGGCGGACGGCGUCCUCUUCCACCUGCAGAGCGUCACAGCCUACGCCCUCAUGGGGAGGAUCUCUCCCGUGACCUUCAGUGUCGCCAGCACCGUCAAGCACGCCCUGUCCGUCUGGCUCAGCGUCAUCGUUUUCGGCAACAGGGUCACCAGCCUGUCAGCCGUGGGCACCGUGCUGGUGACAGCAGGAGUCCUGCUCUACAACAAGGCCAAGCAGCAGCAGCGGGAGGCCAUGCAGAGCCUGGCUGCGGCCACCAGCCAGUCCCCAGACAGCAGCCCUGAGCCGCUGCUCCCCCCGGACCCCCGGCCACACCACUGAGCCCCGGAGCCUCAGGGGCGCAGCGCACCAUGCCGCUCCUUGCCAGUGGGGGACCCCCUUCGCCUCUCCUGCUCCCUGGAUGGCAGGCGUGGGGCCUCUGGCUCCACGGGUCACAGUCCGGGUGUGGGAGGUGCGGGUGGGCAGCCUUUCCCGCUCUUUCCUGGGAUGUUCGGUCAGAGCUGUGGGAGCUCGAAUCGGGGUCCCAGAUGUCAGCCCCUGGGGCACAGACCACAGCUGCCACUGAGCCGUUGCCGAGCCACGUGACAACCUCCUCCUGGCGGCCUCUGCGCACCCCCUGCAGCCAGGCCAGGCCCCGAUUCCUCUGUGGGUGACGACCACUGGGGACAGCUGUGAAGCCGGGGCUGCAGCCAGGUGCCGGCGGCUGCCCUCCCCACUUGUAGCCGGCGGAGAGAACCCGCUUCCCCACGCCAGCCGUCGGCGGCCACCCGAGGUACGUCCGGCUCCUCGGCUGUCAGGGAGUCUGUCCGCUGCCCAGACACGGAGGCCACGGCAUUGGGGCACUGAGCGGAGAGGGGACAGCUGGGGUGCAGAGACCGGCAUUCCCUGCUCCUGAGGAUGGAGUGUCCGGCCCCGGCGUCCCGCCCUCCUGCCCGAGGCCGAGCUGCCCGCAUCAGCACCACUUAGGGAAGGUCACUCACGGAGCGAAGGCGGCCCCACCCCUUUCCGUGCCUGCUGCGCCGAGCUCCUCACCUGAAGGUCCAGCCCUCACCUGCGGCCGGGGCUCCCCAGAGGCCCAGACGUGGUUUCCAGCCCGAGGCUGCGGGCAGCCCCCCGCGGUGUUUGGCUCAGGGAGGGGGCUUCUGUCCCUUCUGCUCCCCUGGGUGAGAGGCAGGCUGUUCGGAGCGCCCCUGGGGAGCACCCGUCCCCACUCAACUGGUCAGGAGCCUUGCCUUGUCUCAUCAACGAGGCUUUUAGGAUUUUCCCUCGUGAAUGAUGAGCAGGACGAGUGUGGAAUAUUUACUGUUUUUGUUAUGCUGCGUUUAAAAUGACAGUGUAGGUUUUUAAAAGGAAACACAGGCAUAGGUGGCUUAUGGAACGCAUCGUGUAUGCCAGGUAAACCACAGUCGGACCCACGGCCUGGCCCGGCCCGCCUCCUCCAGAGCAGACAGACGGACAGCCAGCCAGGUGUUUGAGGCCUGUGGUGGGCUGAGGCGCCACCCCUCGCUUCACCUCUUGCCUCGCAGCCCGUUGGGAUUUCUGAUCGGGACGCAGCCCCCUCCCUCCCACCAGGCUAGAGCUCUGGGGCUUGUCAGGUGCAGCCCUACUCGGGGCCGCGGGCUGGCCACCUGGCCAUCUCCAGCCAGCCUGCGGACAGAGCCACCCGAAGGCACAAAUCGUUCCCUGAGUCUCAGGCAGCAUUCCCAGCUGUUCGGGGCCUGGGCUCCCUGAUUGCUUCUCUGGUUUUCCAGUUGGCUUCUCAGCUGGAAAAUAUAAAAGAGCCCCUCCUGGAGAGCAGAUCUCUUGGAAACAAAGAGCAAUAACUAUAUCUCAUUAAGUUCCGCUAACUUUAAAAAUCUUGUAAUGAUGAUGGAUUAAAAUGAGGCCUUUUAAACUACAAACAACCUUUUUACGAAGCUGACCUCCUGCUCCAGAGGACGGCGGGUCACACGCACCUUCGCUGUGCAGGGGUUGCUCGUGUGACUUUCCCAGGUUUCAUCCCUUUCCUCUUUUUCUGCUUCCCCCCAAAACCAAACUAAAGAGGAUUCUUUGGCGGUAGCUGGGGUGGCGGCUGGUGCACUGAUCUGUGAGGACCAGCGAGAAAGCACCGUUUCCCUGGGGCUGCUGCCUCUGCCCUCAGACUGUGGCCACUGUGCCCCCGGCUGAUGGGGAGACGUGAACAGAAGGGGUGCAUCUGUGGUUGCCCACGGCAGACUGUCAUCUGAGUGUUAUCAGGUGCCAGCCGCCUGUGUCCGAGUGUUGUUAGGGACCUGGGUCCCUGCCUCCUGUGGACGUGCCCCUCCCUCCACUCUCAUCCUGUUUUGAUUUUCUAGAUAUUAGGACCAAGAAAGAUUUUUCUAAAUUAUUAGUAAAUGAGGCAGUUUCUAGCAAAGCUGCUUUUGAGACUUCUCCUCAUCCCGGGUGGGAGACCACAAAACAUGUGCUGCAGCUGCAUUCUGUCUGCAUCCCCACCCCUAAGUCGUCCACAUGUUGGGUGUUUCCGCAGCCUGGCAAUGGCAUUUGUUUAAUAACCGUACAGACAUGUUUUUUAAUUAACUUUGUUUAGUGGUUUUUUAGUAUGUUCUUUUCACUGAACCAUCGCAGGUGUGCUCGUACCAGUGUUGACACCGGGUGUUGUGUGUUACAUUGGGUCCCUUCCUCCUAUGUCUUUGGUCGUCAUCCGUGCCUUUGUAAACAAACUCUUGAACCAGGCUUCUGAAUCUGGUCAUCUGCUUACUUACAUUGAUACGUAGAGAUGUAGUAUCCACACUUCUCUGGCUUUCAAGGAAAUUUCCACUACUGAGUGGCAUAAAAAAGGCUUUUUUAAAAAAGAAUUCUGAUAGUCAUAAUUUCCUGCAUAUCAGCAUUAAAAUCAUAUGCCUUGGAAAGCUGAGAAUACUCUUGCACAAUCCAAAAUGUGUCUUUAAUUUGUGAAUCAAACAGUAAAAAAUUGCUGCACGAGGAAUGUCAUCCAUAUGGAGCCAUGCUCGUCACCAGCCCUUGAAAUACUUUCCCCAAACUGGUGGGCUUUCCCUCCUGUGCGGCGCUGACUGUCCCAUGGACGGUCAUUUAUAGACGGGCCAGAGGGGAUCAAAGAAAUGCAACAUGUCUUUUUACAUCUGUCCAGGGGGUGUGCUUCCUGAUGCCUGAAAGUAUUUUCACUGUUCCCCUGGGUGGGAAAAAUUAAACAAAGAUGUUAUUACAGGUAGAAACUCUCCUCUCUUUCUGCCUUUGACCAACAUUGUGCUAAGGGCUCUGUUUUUCUCCAAAACACGUACAUGCCCUGGUUGGGACCUCUUUGUUUUCUUAGUUUAUAAAUAAGAACGUCCCAGCUCCCCUGAAGAGUCUGCCUAUUUCUCUAUCCUGGCUGAGGGGCCGAGAGCAGAGUCAUGAGGUUGUGCUGACCAUCGCUUGGCGUACUCACCCUGCAGCUCAGGGUGUAAAACAUUCCAGUUUGCUGUCUCUGUAGUAUCUCCUCCUCUCCUCCUGAGGGCUGAGAUUCUGAGUUUGAUGGCCACUGGGUCCAUGCCUAGAUGUCCAAACUGAGUUGGAAACUGUUCUAAUUGGCAAAGUCUUUGGUGUUUUGGGGUUUUUUUCCAGUUUUCAUCAGAGGAAAACUGGCGUUCAGCUGAUGUGCUAUUUCUAGACUGCAGAUGUGUGAGUAGCGUCUGCACCCGCCCAGGGCGGUGUUGUGGGCACCACGUUGCAGAGGGCCACAGUGAGAGUGACUUUCCCACACUGAAAAACUUGAAAAUUAUAUCAAUAAUUGUCUAUAUCAGAACCAAGUUAUAUGUGCUUUAUACCAAACAAAACUGCGGAGAACUAAAAGUACAUUGUGCAAAAUGUCUGUAGUGAUUUCUAUUUCACUUAUUUCAGGAUUUAUGUGAUGAGAUGAAUUCUUUCUAGAAAAUGGUGGUUAAAUAGCUGAGUCACUGCUAAUUCUGCUAUGGUAAUGCAUCGAUGCUGUACAGUGAAUCCUGUGGACGCCCCCUGGUUAUUUUUGUCUCAGUUAAGCCACCAUGGUAGCAACUAUCUAGGACUCUUGUUCUGCGAAAGUAAAAUAAAUGUUCAGCGUGUACUGUU